UAUAUGAGAAAAAUGCCCACAACUGCUUCCCCCUCUUUCCUUCGUUCAGAUUCGUCGAAUAGAAGGAAAUAAACAUAAAAAGAAAAAAAAAGGAAAAAAAAAAAGGGACGCCUUUUUUCCUCUUCCUUUGCCAACUAAGGAGUCGAUCAGAUCAGAGAUUCAUCGAUUUUAAUGAGGUGGAGUUAUUCGCUCAUCUCAGAACCAAACAAGGCUGGUGGUGGUGGGGUUCUCAUGUUAGGGUUUCUUUAAUUGCAGUUUUUUUGUGUAACUUUUUGAAAUUUAGUGAAAUCUUAAAUUGGGAUUUUGUUGGAUCAGCUGAAAGUGACGUCUUCAUCCGUUUCAAUUGGUUCUGUGCCCAAAGGGCUUGUUUUGUCCUUAGAUUUAGGGUCUCCUACGGCCAAAAGGAGGCUCCUUUUUUUGUUUUUCUCCUACAGUUUUGAGUUAUUGGGUGGGUUAGAAGUGUUUUAAUUUGUAUUUAUUUCUUGGGUUUUUGUUAUUAUUUAGUGUUGAGUGAAUUGGGGGAAUACCCAUUCGGAGAUUGUGGAGAUUUGGGAGAUUUUCUGUCUUCUAUGCCCCAUGAGAAAUCUGGUGUUCUCAGAGUCUUGUAAAGAGACUCAAGUGCAUGCCCUUAAUCCUCAAUCAUGGCUUCAAGUUGAAAGAGGGAAGCUUUCGAAGGUCUCCUCUCAUUCUUCUUCCUCAAUUGAAUCCCUUAUCAAAGUUCCCGAACCGCCGGUUCUACCGUUGUUUAAGCCUGUAGAUUAUGUAGAAGUCCUAGCUCAGAUCCAUGAAGAGCUUGAGACAUGCCCAGUGCAUGAGAAAUCAAAUCUUUAUUUGAUGCAGUUUCAAGUAUUUAGAGGUCUUGGAGAAGUCAAAUUACUUCAGAGGAGCUUGCAUAGUGCUUUUCAGAAGGCGACAACGAUUCAUGAGAAGCUAGUAUUUGGGGCUUGGCUGAAAUAUGAGAAGCAAGGCGAAGAGCUUAUUUCGGAUCUCAUUGCUUCCUGCGGCAAGUGCUCACAGGAGUGGGGGUUAUUGGAUAUUGCUUCUCAGAUUCCCAAUGAGUCCGCUGAAGUGACUAGUUCAUGUUAUUUGAAUACAGGAGAGCGAUCCACUAUUGUUUUCUUCAAAAUCGGAGGAGAGAAGAUAGCUUGUGAUAGGCAAAAGAUAGCUUCUUUGUCAAUUCCAUUCAAAGCCAUGCUCACUGGGUGCUUCACAGAAUCGUUUCUUGAAGUCAUCGAUUUGUCUGAGAAUGGAAUUUCACCUCUGGGUAUGAGAGCAGUAUCAGACUUCAGUUUUUCAGGAGUUCUAAGCGAUCUAUCUCUGGAUAUUUUGCUAGAGAUAUUGAUGUUUGCAAAUAAAUUUUGUUGCGAGAGGCUAAAAGAUGCUUGUGAUAGGAAAGCGGCAUCUUUGGUUUCUUCAAGGCAAGAAGCUAUAGAUCUUAUGGACUGUGCACUGGAAGAAAAUUCUCCUGUCCUUGCUGCUUCAUGCUUGCAAGUGUUCUUGCGUGAUCUUCCUGAUUGUUUGAAUGAUGAACAUGUUGUAAAAUUCUUCUCUAAUGCUAACAAGCAGCAAAGGUCAAUCAUGGUUGGAAAAGCCUCCUUCUCGUUAUAUUGUUUGUUAAGUGAAGUUGCCAUGAAUGCCGGCCCAACCUCAGAUGCUACCGCUUGCUUUUUGGAGAAGUUGGUAGAGUCUUCAGUGAGUAGUAGGCAGAAACAAUUGGCUUUUCAUCAGCUGGGGUGUGUUAGACUUUUGAGGAAAGAGUACCAUGAAGCAGAACACCAUUUUAGGGCUGCUUUUGAAGCUGGACAUGUCUAUUCUAUAGCUGGUUUGGCUAGAUUAUCUUGCAUUCGGGGUGAUAAACAUUCAUCAUAUGAGAAGCUCAGCUCUGUGAUAUCUUCAUAUCAACCUCUAGGAUGGAUGUAUCAAGAGAGGUCCUUGUAUUCUGAUAGCACUAAAAAGUUAGAAGAUCUUGAUAAAGCAACAGAAUUGGAUCCUACUCUGAUUUACCCUUACAUGUAUCGGGCAUCUUCGUUAAUGAGAAAACAAGAUGCUAAACAUGCUCUAGCUGAAAUAAAUCGCAUACUGGGUUUCAAAUUGGCUUUGGAAUGCUUGGAACUCCGGUUUUGUUUCUAUUUGGCUUUGGAAGAUUAUAAAUCUGCACUGACUGAUGUCCAAGCAAUUCUUACUCUGUCGCCUGAAUAUCGAAUGUUUGAAGGGAGGGCGUCUGCUUCUCAGUUACGAACCUUAGUUCGCGAGCAUGUGGAUCGGUGGACUACUGCUGAUUGUUGGCUGCAGCUCUAUGAUCGAUGGUCCGCAGUUGAUGAUAUUGGUUCCCUUUCUGUUAUCUAUCAGAUGCUUGAGUCUGAUGCAGCGAAAGGUGUUUUGUACUUUAGGCAGUCAUUGCUUCUUCUAAGGUUGAAUUGUCCAGAAGCAGCAAUGAGGAGUCUACAACUUGCACGCCAGCAUGCUACCACUGAUCAUGAUCGCUUGGUAUAUGAGGGUUGGAUUCUUUAUGAUACAGGACAUUGUGAGGAAGGCUUGCGUAAAGCUGAGGAGUCGAUCUCCAUUCAGAGGUCUUUCGAAGCAUUCUUUCUAAAAGCUUAUGUGUUGGCCGAUUCGAUCCUUGAUCCAUCGAGCUCUUACACUGUUGUUCAACUUCUUGAAAAUGCACUUACAUGCCCUUCAGAUAGGCUCCGCAAGGGUCAGGCCCUGAACAAUCUUGGCAGUGUAUAUGUGGACUGUGGGAAGCUAGACCUGGCAGCAGAUUGUUACAUAAAUGCCUUAAAGAUAAGGCACACUCGAGCUCAUCAGGGCCUUGCUCGAGUCCAUUUUCUAAAAAAUGAUAGGGUUGCUGCAUAUGAGGAGAUGACCAAAUUGAUCGAGAAGGCAAGAAAUAAUGCAUCUGCUUAUGAGAAGAGGUCAGAGUACUGUGACCGUGAACUUUCAAAGGAAGAUUUACAGAUGGUGACGCAAUUGGAUCCUUUGAGAGUUUAUCCUUAUAGAUAUCGAGCUGCAGUAUUGAUGGACAAUCACAAGGAGAAAGAGGCGAUAGCCGAGCUAACAAGGGCGAUAGCAUUCAAAGCUGAUCUUCAUCUCCUCCAUCUUCGAGCUGCGUUUCAUGAGCACAUCGGCGAUAGCACAAGUGCUCUCAGGGACUGUAGAGUUGCUCUCUCUUUGGAUCCUAACCACCAAGAGAUGCUUGAGCUCCAUAGACGUGUAAACAGCCAAGAACCUUGAUUAUUAUUGUGAACUAAUUGACGCAG